UAGUGGUAAAUCACUUUGAAAGAUUGAUUAACGUUAUGAUGCAGCUUGUGGUGUUGUGCAUAUAAAGAAGUACUAAUGUUCCAUCUUAAAUACUAAAUACAUUGUCCAUCAUCUCUCACGAUGGAGAUUUUGCGCGAUGAUGAAGAACAAGAGCUCAAAUAUAAACGUACGGGUCGUUUGGACAUGAGCCAUGGUUUCUUACACCACAUUCGAAGGAACCAGAUUGCCAGAGAUGACUAUGAUAAGCAGGUAAAGCAGGCCAAUGAGCGUCAGAGGGCCAGGCUCACCACUACCCCCCGACGCCCCCGCCGGCCAGAUAUCCAAGUGUACCAUCCUCGACGUGGAAAUGGAUCUGAGCCAGGAGUGGGUGCAGAGACUGAAGAGUGGAAUGAGAGUGGGUCGAGUACAGAGCCAGAGACCCAUGGAACUGAACUCUUCUGGCUGGACUACCAGGCUGACUCUGGCUGUGUCACCUCCUUCAUUGUACACAAGGAGGACAAGCCAGAGAGGGUGGUGGAGCGUGUAGCAGAGAAGAAUGUUCUGGACUCAGCCAUGAGGGUGGCACUGCAGUCCCGGGUUCGAAAGGAAAUGGAUAAACGUCUGGACAAACGCUGAAGGAAGUGAAUGAAAUUAACAGUGAUGAGAGGGGUGAGGAGGAGGAGUCGGAGGCCUCUGUUUACCCUCGAGCCAACCCUCUUCCUGUAUGUAAUGAAUGCUAGUAGCAGAGGACUACUGUGGACCCACAUUCUGAGGGUCUGUCAACCAGGAUCUGAAUGACGUCACACAGCCACGCCGUCCCCUCUGUGCUAGUGUACAACCAUGGGGAAAAGACUGACUUACAGAAGGGUAGAAAUGGAGCCGUCCUCACAUCUCUUGUAUUGGGCUGGCAUCUCUGACCCUGGGUCAUGUCUGUAAGGGGCCCUGUGAAACUGCCGUUGUCUUGUGGUUGAAUGGACCAUUGGCUGUCAACCUGCUCCAAAGGACAGAGCUGAGAACAUGGGCCCCUAUCUGAGCCACACCAGGGUAAGGCUGGGCAGUAUACCGUAUUUUACAAUAUACCGGUAUUGAUACAUGGACUGGUUGGGAGUUUUACUUCACCUUCUGCAUGGUCAAUGCAGCAAAUACAACAAUGUUAAUGACAACAAUGGUGUUUUCAUUUUGCUUCUUAAUAUAAAUCCACAAGCAUUAUAUAAUUACACUAUUAGUUAAAGUUUCUUACAUCUGUAAACAGCUAGUUUGACUUUUCUUGGCAAGUUGGGCAUAAAUCCUGUUAGCCAUUAAUGCUAAUUGCUAGCUAGCUAAUAAAUGUACUGAAUCAGAGCAAACGUAAUUAGAUAUACAGCCUGAUAAUACCAGUGAUAGUGUAGACCUAAAACAGCAUGUUUGUGGAACAGUAUCUUCUAAAUCAAAGAGGAAGCAAGAAUGUUAGCUACAUUAAGAAGCUAAGAGAAAACAUUCAAUGUAGCCACAGAUUGAAGGGUCCCCUUGAAAAACUUAUCAACACUUUUGUUCCUAGUUCCUACCCUGUCACAAUGACUCCUCCCUGGCAUUUUCAUUCAUUGUCAGGUCAAACAACACUGUAUUCAAAGUGCCAACUAUUAUUCUAACUAUAGAAUUACAAUAAUCAUUCUAUUUCCAUUAUUCCAACACUUGACCCAAGUUUUUUCUCUAAAUCGCAAGUCAAAUUGUAAUUGCAACAUUUGGUUAAAAAUAAGGCAUAGAUUGUUUGCCCAUAUCGUGCAGCCUUACGUGGAAAUGAUCUCAAAUGAGUGCAACAAAUGCAGAAAUGUAUUAAAAUGCAGAUUUUUUUUUUUGGGGGGGUUAAGUUGAAUUGAACAGUAUGAAACAAUCUGAAUGGAGAAAGACCCAUUGAAAUCACUUAGAAUGUAUGUGUUUCCACCCUAGAGUCAUAUACUACUUAUAAAUAACAUUUUGAGCUUUUAUUAUUCAAAAACAUAAAAUACCGUCCACUUUUUUUUUUUUAAUACUGUGAUGUGAUAUUUUGGCCAUAUUACCCCCCCACACCCACCAGAGGCCUCCUUUUUUUAUUUAACCUUUAUUUCAACUAGGCAAGUCAGUUAAGAACAAAUUCUUAUUUUACAAUGACUGCCUACCCCGGCCAAACCCUCCCCUAACCUGGACGAGGCUGGGCCAAUUGAGCGCCGCCCAAUGGGACUCCCGAUCACAGCCAGUUGUGAUACAGCCCAGGAUCGAACCAGGGUCUGUAGUGACACCUCUAGCACUGAGAUGCAGUGCCUUAGACCGCUGCGUGCAGCAGUUUCAAGGGUGCGUGCACACAAACCUUGCAUGCAACAGUUUUCCCGCAAAGGUUGGUAUUUACACAUUUUGAACUAUUCCCACGCAAAUCUCAGACCAUGCGUACCCACAACUUCUAGUUGUUGUCUGAUCAACUGUAUUGCAAGCAAAUAUUGUUAUUUUGAGGGAAAUUGAGGUGUUUGAUGCACAGGAAUUAUAAUAAUGGUAGGCUAAUAUCAUUCAAACCUAUAGGCCUAAUUAUAAAACAGAUGCAUUUGUCAUUGGUAAAAAGAUUGCAUAGCAGCAUGUAACCCAAUAUAUUUUUUACUUUAUUAUAUAAGCCUAAAUCAUAAUCUUAUUGCAGGGCAUGUCUCUCCUUUUCUGACAUGCCGCUACAUAAAAUAUUAUGCUACCAUUUAUCCAACACUCAUUCAAUGGCCAACCAUGCUAGAAAGUAAAUAGACCGGUAGCCUAUGACAGUAUGGUUAGGCUACAGUAUUGCUGUGCGAUAGGAGCACGACAUAAUAGCCUGUUUAAUCUCAACGCCUAUACCACAGAGAUAGACUCACAAUCAUGUAUUAAUAAACAAAAUAUUUCACAACAAUUCAUAUUUUGCAUAGACGUGUGGACUGUAAACAGAAAAUCAGUCUUGCAGAAUGCGUGGCCUUUUCUCACUGUAGACGUCAUGCAUUAUUUGUUUAAAAAAAGUAACUGCAAAAGAUUAAAACAUUCUGCCCACACCUCUACAGAAAUGUGAUCACAUUUGCCAUUGCACUUUCCUUUAGCAACUAUCACGGCCCAGUUCCAACAUCUCCAAAUAAUACAGCAAAUGAGGGCGUUGUUGUUACCAUAAAAGGUGAAUGGAGGGCAUUUUCCCAGCGGAGUUGUAGCGCUCGUUCACACACACAUAUGGUAUAGCUCUGAUUUACCAAUGAAAACAUGCUCUGUAUUUGUUCUGUGCGAAUGUUUGAUAAAUCCCAAUAAUUUGUUUGCAUGCAAAUCCUAGAAUCUCCACGUACGCCAGAAUUUAGUUUGAAAUGUAUGCAUGUUGAUAAAUGAGGCCCCAAUCCCCAGAAACUGUGACGUCACCCCUGUGAAUGUGUCUUUUUCACCACACAGUGACAUCCUCUUCCCCAUAGAAAGUGUGCUGUGUUUACAAAAUGUACUUUUUGUUUAUAUGGAUGUGGUUUAAAUCCAUUGGAGGCUCGCUGAGGGGAGGAUGGCUCAUUUUAAUUGCUGAAAUGGCAUCAAACACAUGGAAACGAUGUAUUUGAUACCAUUCCACCCAUUACGCUCCAGCCAUUACCACAAGCUCAUCCUCCCCAAUUAAGGUGCCACCAACCUCUCGUGUUUACAUUUUAUUUAGCAAAGUGCUGCGACUGGGAUGUCAUUGCACUUGUGUUUUUUUGUUGUUUUCAUGAAAAAGUGACCAUUUUGAUUUGCUGUCUGCAGGGUUACAUUUUAAGUCACUGUGACUGAAACAAUAUGGUUGUGUUUUGUGAUGACUCAAUAUGACUAAGGCAGGAGAGCAAAUCAAUUGGUCAUAGCAGAUUCUUGUUUGUGUAAAAAUGUGCCAUGGUCAUGACUUCUCUGUAAUCUAAUUUAUUUUUGAUUGGCCUAUAUGUUCUAAGAGUUUUAUUUUUUUAUACUGUCAUUUUCUGGAGAGAUCCUUAUUGUUUCAGUAUUACAUAUAUUAAAUAUUUAUUUUCCAAA